AGCAUUCUUAGUGCUUUGUUGUCAUUAGUGAUAAAGUGAGUCCUCCCGAAAACAAAAAGGGACUUAGAUUAUUUAUAAAUUUUAUUUGAAAGGUGACCGUACAAACUUAUCAGGAUGGUAGAAGCUGGAAUGAAAUGUAUAAAAUAUUUGCUUUUUGCAUUCAACUUCGUUUUUGUGGUUGCUGCAAUAGCACUGAUUGCAGUUGGCAUUGUAGUACAGACCAACUUCUCAGGGUAUUUGAAUUUCUUUGAUGCGCCGGUGACUUCGGUGGCGAUACUGCUGAUAGUUGUCGGUGUUAUUAUGUUCUUCAUUGCUGCAUUUGGUUGUUGCGGAGCCAUUAAGGAACACAAUGUCUGCACCAUGGUGUUUGCUGUUCUUUUGGCCUUGAUUUUCAUUCUCCAACUGGCUGGUGGAAUUGCUGCCUUUGUUAUGCGCAGUGAUCUUGAAAACGCCGUUACUGACACCAUGACAAAAGCCGAAAAGAAUUAUCUUCACUCACCUGGUGUCAAGAAAACUUGGGAUGAUGUUCAAACUGAUUUUAAAUGCUGUGGUGUAAAGACAUACACUGAAUGGUACACGGUUUUUCAGAAUUCUACUUUGCCAGUUUCGUGCUGCAAGAAUGACAAGGCAUGCAAUACCACAAGCUCGGACAGAUACACAAAAGGUUGUGCCAAUGCAUUUAUUGAGUGGUCAAGGAGUAAUUUGGCGAAAAUUGCAGCUGCAGGCCUUGUCCUCGCUUUUAUUCAGGUAAGCAUUUAAGCUGGAAAUUGCAGCCUUUUGUUGAUUUGUUGAA